AUGUUUACAUGAAUUGCACUUGGCUGUUGUCGAAGCUCUUGUGUAGCUGCAGGACGAUGGCAGGAGAGCCUCACUCCGGUGAGGCUUCCUAGCUCGCUUGCGCCUGCACUUCGCCGCGUCGCUCAUUCGUCGCGUGUUCACAGCCCCCGCCCAUCACGCUGUUAGACCGUGCUGACAGUCAGGUGCGACCCUCGAUCUCUGUCGUCUCUUUUGCAGCUCAACCACUAUUUGGAAGACCAUGCGAUGCCUGAGAUAACAUUCGUCUUCGGGCCAAACGGCAGUUUUUUCUUUGACUGUCCAAAGGCAUGGAAAUUCGAUCGAAUCCCGGGAACCCUGCGUCAGCUCUUCAACUCGUCCAUGUCCCCAGCAUGGAGGAUAGCACAGCCAUAUUGCGUUGCGCUUGCGCCUCCGUUCAAUUCUCCUGAGCCGCUAUGGUAUAUCGGAUGUAAAGUGAUGACUGGAGAGGAUAAGCUUUUCUAUUCACAAACGUACUUCGAAACCAACUAUACGGAUUUGUGCCACUGGACGAAAACGUUGCCCAACGCGUCCAGGAAUUGUUUUGUUACCUUUGGGUUGAAUCUAAGCUAUUUCGCCUGUGCCCCCGGAAGUGGUUCGAUAUGGGCAGGAAUACCUUCAGAACUCGAAGACAAAGUGCGCAAAUCAUUUGAUACUCCGUGCUGCGUCUCCUUAGGCGUGCACAGCGCGUGGUUUGUUUCUUGGCCUGAUGGCAAUUGUUCGUGGAACUUCUACGGUAACUAUAACGCGUUGGACAAGAUCCUGACCGAAGCUACACCUCAAUCAAUUUCAUAUGUCGCCAUUUCACCGUACAGCAAGCACCAUUACUUCGUUGCAUUCAAGGAUCAAUCCAUCAAAUACGAUUUCACAGGUGCUCCACCCGAGUGGAUGAAACUUAUGACAGAGGUUUUCGAUUCCUGGAUAGCUGAUCGCUUGCAGAAGCCACAGCAACAACUGCCGUCUCCGAAUGCACCCCAGGCGCAUCUGCAUCGGCCUUUGCAACAGUCUGCGUAUGUUUACAACAACUUUGUUGCAGAUCUGCCAUCUGUCCCAGCCCAGAUUUCCCUUGCAUCACCGCCGUUAACGCCAAAUACACCGCUAUCCGGUUACCCAAGUCCAGCACUACCACAAACUGCGCCAAAUAUUCCUUAUCUGUACCACCUACCGCCGCAGGGAGCUGUCGAACUACCAGACAACGCCUGUCUGGCUGCACCAGCGCCUGUGCCCACUCGCUCUAUCUCUACAGAAGUAAGUCGGCUGGCACCACUGACGUUCGCGCUGUAGGCUAAUGUGACAUAGAAGAAGAAAAGGUUCCUGUCCAGGCUGUUUUAAGCUGUGGGGAAGGUCCGCCGUUCUAGUUGCUUUAGUGACGAUACCCAUUUGCUAUUUUGCGCUUUAAGCGUCCAAGAACUUAACUUGCAGUUCUCUAUGUGCAUCGAAAAGCCCGGGAAAGAUGUUUCAAGACGCGGGAGACGCCAUUUGUUCUAUAGUUUUUGAUCGCCAAGAACAAAACGAUGUAUUUUGUUGUUCUAUGCGAUAUUGAUGUUGCAUCAUCCCACUUUUGACAAUGAUAA